UUCAGUCAAUUUUUUAUUUCUGUGCUAGGGGUGUACCGGAUCAGGAUUUUCAGAAUCCGGCCGGAUUUACCGGAUUUCUUCGUGGAAUAUCCGGCCGGAUUCUACCGGAUAAUCUGACAAUUUAUAGAAUUUCAAGUAAUAAGAGUUUUGAGCCACUUUGCGAAAAAAUGUAUAGCGAGAAGAUCAAAGAGACCUAUUCAGGGUUGCCAGAUUGAAAAUCAAAAACUCUCUUAAGAAUCCAUCGAGCAGGCACUGGUUAUAUUUCUACGCUUGUGCCUGUUAGAUAAUUUCUUAACUUUGAUAAGAAUCUUACUUUUUUCCAAAACCCUUUGCUAAUAUCAAAAUAAUAUUUAGGUUAGGUGAUAAAAUUUGAAAUUUGGUUAACACUUUGUAGUUAACUACUAACUAUUCUAUGAAUGUAGUAAUUACUUAUUAAUUUUGGACGUCUGCUGAAAAGGCCAACAAGGUCAAAUUUUUCCAGGCAAUCUAAAUCUAAAAACCAAAAAUGAAAAAUUUGGCCUAAAAAGCCGAUCUGGCAACCCUGGAUCAGAUUUGUGAAUUAUAUCAUCCAGUCUUCCUGUUUCGUGAUGACGAGCACUUUCAUUUCAAAUCUGUUUUCAAGGCCCUUGUUUUAUCAUCGAUAUUGUUUAGUUCUGGAAAAUCCAUUUUUGAUCACUGUAUGAAGUCUGACUGACUUGGUUUUCCAAAUUUUCUUAGUUUUCAUUAAAGUUUUGGAAAAUCCGGCAACUGGCCGGAUUUCGGAAACAAAUCCGGCGGGAACCGGAUUUUAAAAAAAUCAGCGAUCCGGCCUACCGGAUAUCCGGUACAUCCCUAUUCUGUGCCAGAUUCUGUCUUAGUUUGGCUUCCCUUUCUAAAACAGGGGCUUUGGCCUUUUUACCUUUUUUGGUAGAUUCUUUGCCAUCCUUCAUGUAACAAACAAUGAUUUAUUGUUUGUUUAAUGUAUCAAUAAGAGCAACAUUUGAUAUUAUUUUUCUCUGAGAACCCCCCUCCCUGUAUCUAGCCCCAAAGCAGCCUACAGGGCAACCCAUACUUUCAAGAUGUUUAUGUCAUGUCAUAUACCCCUGCCAAAACCUUUUUAAAAAAUAUGUAAGACAAAACAUGUUGCAGACUUGUUCUCUAGCAAAAUGAAUUAUCAGUAAAGAUUAGUCCAUGUCAUCUAAAUUUAGUCUCAUGAAAAUCGAUAUGUGUUUUUACAAUCAACCAUUUUCAAGUGAGACAGCUAAUGAAAAAGAGGCCAUUAUUUUCAAAAAACUGCAUGGCCAAAGGCGGCUGAAAGUACACACUUUGAUCCAAGCAUAAAUUUAAUCUUUGCCAAACUUUAAGCUAUGGUAAAUGAAAGAUUUGAAGUUUGCUACCAGAUAAGUGUUAUCUUGGCUGUAGUUCAGAAGCUACCGUAAUUUGAUGGGAACUAAAUUAUGGUAAUUUGUUAGGGAAAGUGCCUUUGAUUACGUGGCCAUAUUUAGCAAAUUUUAAGCAUAUUUGACUGAUUUCGAAAAUCUAGAUGUGUUUUUUAUCCCCUGGUUGUGCAAUCAGAAAGUCCUAAAGAGAGACUUGUGUGAGGUCAUAGCUUGGAAACCCUAAACGUUCCUUGGCAACACCUUAUAAAGCAUUUCCUGUUUAUAAAGCAAUAAAACCCGUUUAUUUUUCUUCAUUUUUAGCCCCUUCCCCCUUGGAAAGAUAUAAAUCAAAAUUUAUUUCGAAAGAGGCCAUUGGAGGCAUGUCUGCUUUUUUUAGCCAAUCAAAAUAUGAGAUUCGUUCUAGAAUUUUCUGGGAAGUGGGAAUUCCCCUCUCGAAAGCCUUUGGCGAUUGAUGAUCCUCCAUUCUUCAGAAAGCAGAUGGUGAGAGAACAGUUUUGCAGAUCGAUCUAGAAUUUAAAGUAGGACGUCAGUGAAGUAACAAACUAAGGAUUGAUGGACCGGUGUGUUAAGGAUGAAAAUGGAAGACUUGGAUUUCGGGCUUUUGGCGACGUAGUAUUGAUGUGUGCCGAAGAUACUUGCGGGCCUAAAGGGAAGGCCGAAUUUUGGUGCGAGGAAUGCUGCCGCACUUCAACUACCUUCGCAACAAAGAUCCGUACUCUUGCGUGGAGAAAUUUUUCAACAUCAACAGCAAGGAGUGUCAUGAAUCCUUCUAGCGACCCUGGCAUUUCUCCUGGAUACAUCACAGUUGCAUGUGUCGUAGGAUUUCUGGUUUUGGCUACCAUUAUUGCAAUAACAGUUUAUUGGAAAAAGCAGAAGAAGCAAAAAAAGCGAGAAAGGAGUAAACAGAACACUUUGCCUACUCAAGUUGAUAAGAAAAUGGAUGGAGAAUAUGUUAUCCAACUAAAUGGUCAGGUUGUGACAUACCAACCAAAACGCGAUGUUACAACAGAGCCCAUUCAGGCCACACCAGAUGAUAAUUUGGGACCAGAAUCUGGUCUCCUCACAGGGCAAUAAAUCAGGGGAAUCUGAAUUCUGACAGAACACAAUUUCUAGUGAAUGUAGAUAGUUAGUAAAAAGUGUGUAUAUAUGCAAAAAUGACAUUUGAUGAGUUUAUGUAAAUAUUGGUCAAAUCAAAUUUUAAUUGCCAACUUUA